AUGGCAGCAUCGCAGGGUCCCAUAGUGAGGGUACCAUCGAGGUGCACCCCGGAGACGGCACGGGCCACGGUCGCGUUCGAGGUCAUUGGCUACAGCCUGCACAAGGGCCUUGGCAGAGCCAAAUACCUCUCUUCCGUGGCGUUCUCCGUCGGCGGCUACGAAUGGUGCAUCCGCUACUACCCGGACGGAUACAGAGAAAAGGGGCCUGAAGACUACGUCUCUGUCUCCCUCAGGCUCUUGACCAAGAACGCCGAGGUGAGAGCGCUCUACACCUUCAAGCUUGUGGAUCCGGUUACAGGGCAGUCGCAUGUGGUGCGCUGCCCGGGACUGCCGCAACUAUUCGACAAUACAAAUGCUUGGGGAUGCCUGCUGUUCAUGAAGAGGACUGUUGAACAAGAGUCCAAGUACCUGCGGGACGACCGCCUCGUAAUCGAGUGCGACCUUGAGGUUAUCAAGGAAAAACAGUUGCCACCGUCCGACUUGUCGGAAAAUCUUGCAAUAUUGUUGGCGGAGAAGAAAGGAGCCGACGUCACUUUCAAUGUUCAAGGGGAAGUUUUCCCUGCACACAGGGUUGUUCUUGCAAUGCGAUCGCCGGUCUUCGAUGCGGAGUUAUACGGCCCGAUGGGGGACAAUGGGAGGCAGGAAAUAACCAUUGAGGACAUGCAGCCUACUGUUUUCAAGGCAUUUCUUCACUUCAUCUACACGGAUUCGAUGCCUUCCAUGGAUGACCUUGCUGAUGAUGACAAAACAGAGAUGGUUAAGCACUUGCUUGUGGCUGCAGAUAAGUAUGCUAUGGAAAGGAUGAAGAUGAUAUGUGAAGGCAUCCUAUGCAAGAGUCUUGAUGUCGAGACUGUGGCGACCAUAUUAGCCCUAGCUGACCAGCAUCAUUGCAGCAACCUCAAAGAGGCUUGCAUUGAAUUUAUGCUCUCUUCAAAUAGGAUCGAUGAUGUGGUUGCAAGCCAAGGGUAUGUACACCUCAAAAGAUCUUGUCCCGAUGUAAUUGUAGAUGUGUUUGAGAGAGCGGCCAAGUCCCGUAAAAUUUAG